GUCCAAAAGGUUUGCACUCAGUUCACCAGUGUCCAAGUCCUCCGGUGCAGAAGUUUCUCGGCCCCGUCGGAACAAGGCGCUGUGUGUGCGACACAAACAUGGCACCUGUCCUCCAAAUGCUGGCGCUCAUGCUUGCAUCUGUCUUUCUGCAAAGUGCGUCACCGGCUCCUCUCAAUGACACCAUCUUUGCGGUGACUGUGAGCUCCCAGGUGAGCGGAGGUGCGCAGGAAACCUUGUGCGCCAUCAUCCAGGGCCCCACGGAGCUCGUCACGUUGACUGUCACCCUGGACAUGGACUCUGGCAGCACUGUCAUCCUGGAGAAGGAGGUCAAGCAGGACUUCUACCAGUGCACGAACUUUCAGGUCCCAGCAGUGCGCACUAAUACUGUGGCAACCAUAAAUGUCACUGUUAAAGGGGAGAGUGCCUCCAUGAACAAGAAGACCAAAAUCCUCAUUGUUCCCGCCGCGUUUAUCCACAUUAUCCAGACUGAUAAAACUGUCUACAAACCUGGACAGACCGUGCAAUUCCGAAUCGUUUCCAUGGAUUCCGGUUUCAUCCCUGUGGACCGGAUGUACACAGUGGUGGAGCUUCAGGAUCCCAAUUCCAAUCGAAUUGCUCAGUGGUUGGAUAGAUUUGUUGCCGCUGGAAUCCUUGAUCUUUCCCAUCCCAUGAUUCCAGAGGCAGCACAAGGAACCUAUGUAAUCACUGCCACCACAGACAAAGGAGAGAAAAUCUCCCACAGCUUUGACAUCAAGGAAUAUGUUUUGCCCAAAUUUGAGGUAACUGUCCACCUCCCGAGUGUGAUUACAAUCCUGGACCAGCAGGUCACGCUGAAGAUUUGUGGAAAAUACACUUAUGGAAAACCAGUUGUUGGCUCAGUCAAGGCGGUGUUUUGUAGGAAUGCUUUUCGCUUUUACUGGCGUGCCACAUUAGAAAACAGCCUCUGCAAGACAUAUAAACUGACAACCGAUCGCAGCGGUUGUGCUACACAAAUGGUAAGCAUGGCAGACUUCGCCCUCAACAAGAACAUCUAUGACGAUAGUUUUGUGGUGGAUGCCGAAUUGGAGGAGCAUGGCACAGGGGUGAUCCUGAAGGGUACAACGCAGGCAAGCUUCAGUGCCCUUAUCAGAACCGUCACUUUUGAAGAUGUACCUCAAGCAUACAAGCGUGGAAUCCCAUUUGAGGGAAAGGUCAAAAUGACUGGUCCAGACAGAAAACCUGUGGCCAAUGAGCCUGUCUACUUAAUCGCCCCAGACUCAAUUACCUUAACACUCACCACAAACACAGACGGCGUGGCCUCGUUUUCACUGGACACCAGCAACUGGGGGGACUAUGUCAAUCUUCAGGCCAAGUCCAAACUGGUUGAAGAUGAUGAGCCAUAUGUUCCAGAUAUGCGGAAACCAGAGUACAGGACAGCUUUCCACAAUGUUUCUCCCUUCUACUCCAAGAGUAGUAGCUUUUUGAAGCUCAUGCAGGUCAGCGGGAUGAUCUCCUGUGACAAAGAUGCCGCAGUAAGAGCAAAGUACAUCAUCCAGGGAGAGGAGCUCAAGAAGGGACAGGAGACCCUUGACUUUUUCUAUUUGGUGAUGUCCAAAGGUGCAAUCAUGCAGCACGGUCAUCUCCAAGUGGCUGUUAGCGUGGGUACAGUGAACAAAGGAGAGUUGUCCAUAUCCCUCCAUGAAGUGAUCAACCUGGCGCCGUUUGCACAGGUUGUAGUUUACACUGUGUUGCCUGGUGGCGAGGCUGUGGCAGACAGUCAGGAUUUCCCCAUCCAGCUCUGUCUCAAGAACAAGGUUUCUCUUAAGUUCUCGUCCCUCCAAGAGCUUCCAUCAGAGAAGACCACAUUGAAACUUCAGGCUCAGCCAGGCUCUUUGUGCUCUGUGAGAGCCAUUGACCAAAGCAUCCUACUGCUGAAGUCAGAGAAGGAACUCACUGUUGGCUAUGUGUACAGUCAGCUCCCUCUGCAGAAGGUGACAGGAUACUCAUAUGAGAUUGAAGACGACGAGCCAUAUCCCUGCCUUCCUGAGACAAUCCCAGAGCCUCAACCUGAGAUGUUGGUGGCUCUAGAACGGCGGAGCAAGCGCUCAUUUUACUUUGGGACAACCAAUCAUAAGAAUGAUGUUUACAGCGUCUUUAAAGAAAUCGGAAUCAAGCUAGUGACAAAUUCUGAUGUGAAGAAACCCUAUGACUGCCUAAGACGUAAAUUUGAGUAUUACUAUGAUGAUGUUGCAGAUUUUCCGGUUUCCAUGGCUUUCAAUGUGAUGCGAGGCUCUGGUAGCGGUGAGAAAAAUAUGGAGGAGAAGAAGGAGACCAUUAGAACAUCCUUCCCGGAGACGUGGAUCUGGGACCUAGUUUCUGUUGGAGGCAAUGGUUUAGUGAAUGUGGAGAAGACGGUCCCAGACACCAUCACCAAGUGGGCUGCUGGAGCUUUCUGUGUCUCCUCUGUGGGCUUCGGUGUGGCCCCCACCACUGCGCUGACGGUCUUCCAGCCCUUCUUCGUCAGUCUUACGCUGCCCUACUCUGUCAUCCGUGGGGAAGUGUUUUCUCUAAAAGCCACAGUCUUCAACUAUCUCUCCAAAUGCAUCAUGGUGGAAGUUAUGCUCGCUCAGUCUGAGAUGUAUAACUUCAGGAACUGCGACGGCUGCCAGUACAGUGUGUGUCUAUGCGGUGAUGAGAGCAGAACCUUCACUUGGAUUGUCACUCCAACUGCCCUUGGCAAGGUCGACCUGAAGGUGAGCGCCGAGGCCCUGAAGACCAACUUGCUGUGUGGCAAUGAGGUGGCUUCUGUCCCUGACGUGGGCCGUAUUGACACCGUGGUCCGCAGCCUGCUGGUGGAGGCUGAAGGAACGCCUCAGUCAGUGAGUCACAAUGCGCUCCUCUGUCCUGCAGAGGGACCAGUGGAAAAGAAAAUUUCUCUUUUGAUGCCAGAGAUGUUUGUUGCUGGAUCUGCCAGAGCCACUGUCUCUGUACUGGGUGACCUGAUGGGCCGAGCCAUUAAGAACCUGGACCAACUCCUGGCAAUGCCAUAUGGCUGUGGCGAGCAGAACAUGUUGCUGUUUGCUCCCAACAUCUUCAUUCUCAACUACCUGAAUAGCACAGGUCAACUGACUGCUGAGAUUCUGGACAAAGCGACGCGCUUCCUUGAGAGCGGAUACCAAAGGGAGCUCAUCUACAAACAUGACGAUGGCUCCUAUAGUGCCUUUGGGAAAAGCGAUGAAUCUGGCAACACCUGGCUGACCUCCUUUGUGAUGAAGUCCUUUUGGGGGGCGAGGCCUUACAUCUUUGUAGAUCCCAAGCACGUUAUGGAUGCCAAGAAAUGGUUGUACUCUAAGCAGGGGCGUGAUGGCUGCAUCAGAUCUGUGGGGAAACUUUUCCACAAUGGCAUGAAGGGAGGAGUGAGCGACGACGUGUCCCUGACGGCUUACAUCGUUGCCGCCCUGUUAGAACUGGACUCCGACACUAAAGAUCCUGUGAUCCAGAGGUGUUUGGGCUGUCUGAAAGAGGCAGCCGGCCAAAUGGACAAUUUGUACACCACAGCGCUGAUGGCCUACACCUUCACUCUGGCUAGGGACGAGGCGAUGAGGCUCAAGCUUGUCAGCUACCUGCACCAGCAGUCCAGUACAAUGGGGGGAACCCGCCACUGGGAGCGAACAGGGGCCUCUAUGAAAGGACUGGAUUCUCUGGAGGUGGAGAUCACUUCCUAUGUGCUGCUGGCACUGCUCUCCGGGCCUGUCUUGCCAAAUUUUGGUCUGGACUACAGCUCCGGCAUUGUGCGCUGGCUCACACAGCAGCAAAAUCCUUACGGUGGUUUUUCUUCAACACAGGACACUGUGGUGGCCCUCCAAGCGCUGGCUAAAUACGGUGCCGCCACCUAUAGCGUUGGAGGCAGGACUGUCGUGACGGUGACGUCAUUAGGAGGUCUGAACAAGCAGUUCAUAGUUGACCAGAGAAAUCGGCUCCUGUACCAGGAGGAGAAGCUGAGCGAAGUCCCCGGAGAGUACACGAUCAAAGCAGAGGGACAGAGCUGUGUUCUGGCACAGAUUUCCAUGCUUUACAACGUCCCCCCUCCUCCAGACUUUUCCGCCUUCAACAUCUCCACUAAUACCAUGUCCAAGUGCAACCCCCCCAAGCCACAGAUCAUCCUCUUUGUCCAUGUCAGGUACCAGGGCAUGAGAGAGGAGACGAACAUGGUCAUCAUUAACAUCAAACUCCUGUCCGGACACAUUUUGGAUAAAAGCUCACUGGAGUCUUUAAAGAAAGACCGCUCAGUGAAGCGCGUUGACCUGGAUGAAGGUUAUAUCAACAUCUACUUGGACGGGCUGAAGAAAGGUGAGACGAUGAUUUACAGCGUCACACUGGAGGAAGACGUGCCUGUCAGGAACCUGAAAGCAGCUGUGGUCAAAGUGUACGACUACUACCAGACAAGUGAUGUGGCCGUGACAGAGUACACAUCCCCCUGUGCAGAGAGUAUCAACAAGCUUUAAAUGAACAUAGGGGAGACUACUCAGAUUCUUAUCUGGAAGACUAGAUGUUCAUCAAACAUAGAUGUGACUUUUUUCUUUUCCCGUUGUAUUAAUUUUAAGGGAAUCCCUGUGAUUGCAAAUGAUUUCUUUCCUUUUUCUGAAUGUUCCUUUCUUUUAAAAAAAAUAAAAAUUGUUGCCUCACCUCAA